AUGGCAAACGACUGUAAUCGCAGUAUAGUGGAAAAGUACAUUUGCCAUAAACUCAACAAACGCGGCUACGCGUGGGGCUUUCACGAAGACGCCGAAGAUGAAGACCACGUCGCCAAUAACGGGUCAAUAGUUGCGUCUUCUCCGGGUUUGGUGAACCGCCGAUGCCGCGAAGAGCGUCUGUGUUCGCGUCCUGCUCCAUUCGACGCACACGCAGACAUCCACAGAGUCUUGCGCGAGGCUGGGGAUGAACUUGAGAGGUUGUACCAGCCAGACUUCACCGAGAUGUCCAGGCAGCUGUAUCUGACUUCCUCCACGGCUCAGAGGAGGUUUGCCGAGGUUAUAGACGAACUGUUCCGCGAUGGAGUGAACUGGGGUAGGAUUAUCGCGUUUUUUGAGUUUGGGGGGACCGUGUGCGUGGAGUGCGCGUCCAAAGACGAUAUGUCAUCUCAAGUGGACAACAUCGCAAACUGGAUGACCGAAUAUUUGAAUGGAGAUCUCAACAGCUGGAUUCAAGACAACGGGGGAUGGGACGCCUUUGUGGAGUUGUACGACCGCCAGAGGGACUCGGUCCUCUGCUCUUGGCCCUCCAUCAAAACUGUGUUUGGAUUGGCGGCCAUCGGGGCGGCCAGCCUGACAAUCGGUGCAUACCUGUCACAGAAGUGA